AACAGCAUGCACCAGUGACUGUAUUGAGAUCAGAUUUCCUUCUUGGAGACUUGAGAAAAGUUUUGAGACUUGUUGAGACGUCUCAAACCCGUCCCGGAUCUUCUAAAAAAUCUGACCCAGACAGAGUGAUGCGUCUCUUGAACAAGGACCUGCGUCUGCAGGAUGUCACACUGAUCUACGUGAUCCUGCUCGCUGCCCUGGUGGUUCUCCUGGUGGCCCCGUACCAUGCUUCUUCCCCAUCUUUAUCUUUUCAGGCUCCAGACGGCCCCUCCGGAUCUUUCUUACCCUACCGCAUGCCCCUGGACCCCGCCGGGCAGAUGGAGCUCUCCUGGAACAUCAGUUACACCAAGCAGGAGGUGUACAUGCAGCUCCGGGUCAAGGAGCUACGCCACGGUGUUCUGCUGGGCAUGUCGGACCGCGGGGAACCCACCAAUGCCGACCUGAUGCUUCUGUGGAACGAUGGACACAAGUCCUACUUUGGGGAUGCGUGGAGUGAUGAUAAAGGCCGGGUGACGUUGGACACUCAGCAGGAUUACGAGCUGCUGGACACCCGGGACACUCCGGACGGCUUUACUCUGCUCAUCAGGAGACCCUUCAGGACCUGCGACCCCCAUGACUACAUUAUAGAGGAAGGAACCGUCCACCUGAUCUAUAGCAUACUUGAUCAGCCAAUCCGCUCUCUCCGUGAUCUCAACGUAUCCCGCCUUCAUCCUGGCGUCCAGCGAGUCCUUUUGCUGCGUCCUGACACGCCCAGUCCGUCUCUUCCCUCGGACGUGCGUACACUGGAGGUCCUCGCCCCCAACAUCGUCAUCCCCACCCAGGAGACCACCUACUGGUGCUACAUGUUCCAGCUGCCCCCCAACAUGCCCAAGAACCACAUCGUCAUGUAUGAGGCAGUGGUGAGCACAGGGAACGAGGCCAUCGUGCAUCACAUGGAGGUGUUCGAGUGCUCGCCUCACAUGGACUCCGUCCCUCAGUACAGCGGCUCCUGCGACUCCAGGAUGAAGCCGGCGAAGCUGAACUCCUGCCGUCACGUCCUGGCAGCGUGGGCCCUCGGAGCCGAGCCAUUCUACUACCCCUCAGAUGUUGGCCUUCCUAUGGGUGGAGAGGGUUCCUCCAGGUUUCUUCGUUUGGAGGUGCACUAUCAUAACCCACUUCUCAUCUCAGGGCGUCAUGACUCCUCAGGUAUCCGUCUGUGGUUCACUCCGUCUCUGAGGCACUUCGACGCCGGGAUCAUGGAGCUGGGUUUGGUCUACACACCCGUCAUGGCCAUCCCUCCUCACCAGCGCAGCUUCCAGCUCACGGGCUACUGCACUGCCCAGUGCACACACACGGGGCUGCCUCCUGGAGGGAUCCGUAUUUUUGCGUCACAGCUGCACACACACCUGGCGGGCCGAGGCGUCCGCACCGUACUGGUGAGAGGAGGCAGAGAGGUGGAGGUGGUGCAGGAGGACAAACACUACAGCACACACUAUCAGAUCAUCCGCGUCCUCAGAAACAUGGUGACGGUUUUGCCAGGUGAUGUGCUCUUGACAAAAUGCAUGUUUAACACAGAAGACCGGACAAAAGCCACAGUGGGUGGAUUCGGGAUCAUGGAGGAGAUGUGUGUGAAUUAUGUGCACUAUUACCCACGUACACAGCUGGAGCUCUGUAAGAGUCAUGUAGACCCGGACUACCUGCAGAGAUACUUCAGCCUCGUUAACAGGUUCCAUGGCGGAGAGGGCUGCAGCUGCUCUCAGACCAGCGUGGAGGACGAGUUCUCAUCCGUGACCUGGGACGCCUUCAGUGCUGAGGUUCUCGACUCCCUGUACACCACCUCGCCCAUCUCCAUGCACUGUAACCGCUCCACCGCCGAGCGCUUCCCUGGGAACUGGGAGAAACAGAAGAUUCCCGAGGUGUUAGCCGAGCUCCAGCAGCACGCGCCCACGUGUGAACCAAGCCGAGCGGCGGCUCCUCGUUACGGCCCCACAGAGGUUCAGCCCCAGCACAGUGGAUAAUACACCGU